AUGUCACGCCUCGUCGACUUUGGGGCGAACUUUUUCCGCCCUGGCCUCAUUACCUGGUCCAGGACCACGAUGCAGACGCCGUGGACAAGGAGUCUCGGCAUCCUGGCCUCGAUUCCGGCCGCGCUGCUCAUCAUCUCGCUGGUGUUCCUGCUGCUGUAUCUGCUGACCCGGUGCUGCGACCGGAAGCCGCGCAAGCCCAAGUCCCACGGCUGCCAGAAGUGCACGCUGAUCUUCUUCGCGAUCGUGUGCUGUGCCUCGAUCGGACUCGGGCUGUACGGGAACGAUGACCUGCACAACGGCGUGCUGCAGAUUUUUGGUUCCGGGAGGAAGAUCGAACAGCUGAUCCUGAACGUGAGGAACCAGACCGAGAUGGUGAAGCAGAAUCUCAAGUCGAAGGUGGUCCUGUCCGAGCUGGAAGCCAAGCUGGAGCAGCCGCCGCAGCUGUACAACCAAACGGCGCUGUACCUGCUCCAGGACACGGUCAAGAUGGUCAAGGACAACACGACGCUCGCCAUCAACGCGCUCGAGACGGUCGUCUACCUGACCCGGCCCUCGUACUCCGACCUGACGCUGAAAAAUCUGCUCGAUACGUACGAAUUCUACGAGGAGCUCCGGUGGCCCGCCACGCUCGGCUUUCUGACGUUUCUGCUGCUGCUGUGCAUCAUCCUGGUGAUUGGCGCCACGCGCAGCUCGCGCUGCGCCCUCAUCUUCUUCAGCGUGUGCGGCCUGCUGGCGGUAACGGUGUGCUGGCUGCUGUCCGGAAUCUACCUGGCCAGUGCCGUCGCCCUGGGGGACUUUUGCAUGAAACCGAACGACUACAUCUGCAGUCAGCAAAAGCUCAAGGACGUCCAGUACACGUACUGCAGCUCGGUCGGCACCAACCGGUACGUGCUGCGGCUGAACGAGUCCAAGGACUACGUGGACCGGGCCAAGGAAUCGCUCGAGACGGCCACCCGGAUCGCGAUCGAUCUGUACCCGCGGUUCGAGAUGAGCAGCAAGAUCAACCGGCUGAACAACGAGCUCGACGAUAGCAAGCGCCAGUUGAUUGCACUUUCGGCGAUGGCCGACCGGAGAACCGUGAUGGAGCACUACGCGGACGCCACACGGGGGCUGUGCGAGGGUGGACUGCUGGGGCUGACGCUGAUGCUGCUGGCCAGUUUGAUUUCGGCGGCCAUCCUGAGUCUGCUGGUGUGCGUCGAUUCGCACACGUGGAUCUACCUUACGAAGAAACGCCCGUACGAGGACAAAUCCGAGACGGCGCCCCUCUUCCCGGCGGGGGCCGCUUCCGCAUCGCCCUCGGCACCGAUCAACUCGGGCACGAUGACCGUGAACCGGACGUUGCUGCACGCCCAGGCCGCCACCAGCAAUGGGACCGGGUUGACCCACGGCGGCGGUGGCGGCAUCGGAGGCGGCGGCGGAGGAGGCCUCAUCGCGAGCAGUGGCCGCAACGGAACCACACACGGAUUGCGCGGAGCGUCCGGCCACCACACCCUCGGCCGGCUUCCGUCGCACGCGAGCGGCCACAUAGCGGGCCCCAACAACGGCAAGUACGCCACGCUUAGUAAACAGUGUAAAACGCUCGAAUCGAGCGACUUCUACUGAGAAUCGCCUGCCUGCAACGUGUCUGCAGGCAGCAAUAAGUUAGGUGAGUUUGGCACAACCACUCUGCAGCGUCAUCACAACCAAAACCAAAACCAAAAUCACAACCAGCAAGCAAUUCAGCACCAUCACCAUAACCAACAACAACAACAACAACCGCAAUCAGCAGCAGCAACUCUUGAUCAUGAUCAUCAGCAAUCGUCUAACGCGCCUCCUGGUUCGCUUGCAGAUAUGAAACUGACAGUCUCGACGGCGACACUCUCGGAGAAGGACCCGCGCGACAUUACCAACAACGGCUUCAACCGGUUCGACCCCAAGUACGUGAGUAUCGGACCGAAGGCAGUGCGGACGACGUCGUCCGGCGGCGGUCAGCAGCAGCAGGGCCAGUCGGCGAGUGUGAACAAGUGUGCAACACUGCGGCACGGUGGCCGGUACGGCGGAUCGUUGACGGCCGGCAUCGGAAGCUCCAGCGGUCGCCGGGAAACCAGUCCCAGCCCACUGCUGAAGAACGUCCAACAGCCGAUGGUGACGCCACAGUUCAAGCAGCAGCAGCAACAGCUCCAGCAACCCCUGCAACAACAGCACAUGCAACUCCAAGACGCCAAGCCGGAACGCCAGCAAAAGCUCAACAUCUCGACCGUGUCCAAGGAGUACCAACAGCAGUCGUACUCGUGCGCCACCCUCCCGUACAAGAAGCCCAGCGGAUUCUCCGAGCCGUCCGCCAACAACACCCCAACCACGACAUCAAUCCUCAAGAAGGAGUCCAACCUGGACAGCAACAAGCAACACCACCAACCCCAGCCAACGGUCUACAGCAUCGACACGUCACACCACCACCAGCAACCUCCUCCACCCCCGCAACCCCAACCCCAAACCCACCACCGAUCACUCUCGAGCACGAACCAACUCUACCACGAAACCGGCGCCGGAUCGGCCUUCGCCAGUCCACCGCCCUCGUCGGCGGCCUCGACCGCAACCACGCGGAGUAACGUCUCCAUCAUCAACCAGCCACUGCCAGAGAUUCCGACCGCGGCCCAGCAGCAGCACAAGAACAAUCAGCAGCCGCUGUGUGCGGCCACGCUCAACCAGUACAGGUCGUUGCAGCGACCCAGCAAGCACAGUUCGCUCUCGCUGAAGGAGCAGAAUAGUCACCAUCAGCAGCAGCAGUACCAGCAUCAGGCGGCUCAGCCGCCGCCGCCGGUGCAGCAGAAGCCAUCGAUACCGCCGAAGGUAACUCCCCCGAUGCUCCCGCCCAAGAACCGCCACAAAGACGAAUCGCUGUACCAGUCGCGCGCCUCGUCCGUCUCAUCCAGUGGCGGCGGCGGCGGUCGCCCCCAGCAACCAUUACCUCAACCCCCCUCGCACCAGUCGUCCUCAUCCUCGCUGCCUUCGUACAUGGGCACGAUCACCGGUGGCGGCGCCCCACCCGGAAGUGGCUCCGGCAAGACCAACUUCAGCGCGAUCCAGCUGCAGCUGCAGAACCAGCUGCACUUUAAGCAGUACCACCAGCUGACGCAGCAACCCUGGCAGCGGGAACAUCUGCCCCAGCAGCCACAAUCGCUGGGCUACGAGCCAUCGUCACGGCACGAAUCGUCGAAGCAAUCGAGUCGGAACCGGUCGUACUCGGGCAGCAGCGAGCGCGGCGAACGCGGCGAUCCCCAGCAACACCAUCAAAAGUCGAGCAAUAUCGAGAAGCAGCAGCAGAAGCAGCAAAGCUACCAGACGCUACCGAAGAACCACCAUCACCAUCACAACAGCAGUUCGACCACGACUUCGUUCAGCACGCAAACGCCACCAAUGCAGCAGCAAUCGCAGCAGGCUGCGUCCCAUCACCAUCACCACCCCCAGCAGCAGCAGCAGCAGCAGUCACAGCAGGCUGUGACUCAACCGCAGCAGCAGCAACAGCCAAAGAGCAUUUUGAGCAAGUCACGCUCGAACGAGGCUCGCGAGCGUGAGCGCGAGCACCGUGAGCGGGAGCGGGAGCGUGAGCACCGGGAACGGGAACGCGAGCGGAGUUCGCACCGGAGUAGUGGAGCCACGAGCCACGAGUACCACCACGAUCCGAGGCCCGGAUCCGAAGGGGGACCGGGAGGUGGAGGUGGAACGAAGAACGUCAACCCGAACGUGUACUACCGGUCGCUGCAGCGGGGCGGGCUGCAGGCCAACAACGAUCUCUACUCGGUCACGGAGUUGUGAGAAAGCCAACAAAUUAGACAAGAUGGCGGAACGGCCGAUGACGACACGACACGCCGGUGGAACGAAAAUAAUACGUAACCAAACAGAAAUAAAAACAAGAGCAAACUAAAACCAAAUUGAUCACGCAAUUCACGUUGAAGCUGUGUAAAUAGACAUCAAGUUCGAAAAAAACGAAAACAAACUCUGAUUUUUAGAAGAGAAGAAGAAAAAAGCCGAAGAAAGCAUUUUAAAAAACACUACCAAAUAAAACAAAACCUUCUCACAUUCCGCCGAAACGAAACAAACAAAAAUCUACAGUGAUGUGUGAAACAAAGUCGAACAUUGUUGGUUAAUGUUACUGAAAAGUCUUUACAAAAUAAUAGAAAGGGGGAAAGCGAACGACAUUUUAGAACUAACCUCAAAGUUAUAUCAUUUUGCGCUUCAACUCGCUCUUUCUUUUAAUUUCUCUUUAGAUGAUUCUGAGUAGGCGUGACGAAGAGAGAGACAGUUACAGGGAGAGCGGAAUUCGAAUUGGGAGAGAAUUUGUCUUUCUCUUUGAUAGAGCCGCUCACGCUCAAUUCUGCUAGUUUGGUGGAAGGAGAGCGAAGCUGCUCAUUUGCUCUGUUGAACUCAUUUUGGAACGAUCAAAAAGCGAUGUUUACUACGAUUUUUUUUGCGUUGUUGGUACAAUAUUUUGAGUUUCGCUCAUUUUAUGUUGCUGGAUUUGGAGAUUUCUUAUAUUUUUCUCAUCAAAAAAUUCAUUAAAAAAAAACAAUGUGGAAUCUCGAUACUCUCAAAUCCCACACAAAUACAGACAAAUUGAACGAAAAUGACUGUCAGUUUUUUAACUAAUUUAUAAGUUCUGCCCACUUUCUGGACACCACAAUUAUACACUUUUUCUCCUCCUAGUACUCUAAGAAAUUGUAUAUUAUUAGUUUGUAGUUAUUGAAUAGUUUCUAUCCAACAAACGAAAAAAAAACUCAAAACAACUGUAAACUCGCAAGCAUUAAUUCACACACACUAACACGGCCCCCACAUUCUCACGCGAGGUGAGCAUUUCAUACUGAGUAGGAAAUUUCUAAACAAAAAAAAAGUCAUAUUUAAAUCAAUAAAAUCAAACAUCACAAGCGCGUAUAAGCAAAGCAAAAAAUAGUCACAAGAGGGUAAGUUGAAAUAAAGCAAAACAAACAAAAAACUUAUUCUAGUUACAUAAAGAAUAAACUCGUUGAAUUUUUUACCACUAAGAGACUCUCAAGAAAAUGAAAAAAACAAGAAAUUGGAAAUAUUUCUGACAAAAUAACAUGAAAAGCUCAAACAUUAAAAGGAAGAAGAAAAAACUCGUUAUGAAUAGUACGUUAUAAGUAAACAGAAAUAAAGGUGAAAAUUAAAUUGAAGCAAAAUGUAGUCAGUAAAAAAAUUAUAGGAUUCCAAAAAAAGAAGAAAAAAAAUGAAACGUGUAAUCUAGAGAGCAAACAAAACUGGUAAACAAAUGAAAAACAUGCAAAAAAACGAAUAGGAACAAAGCACUUUUUUGUAUAGAACUGAAUUUAGCGUUAAAACGAAUCAAUAUUUGACAUUAAAUGAGUAACAGAAAGGGAAGUGGAGAAAAAGGGGUAAGAAUCAUAAACAAAAAAAAAACACGCCAACAUCUUUUUCGAAACAAAUACA